AUGGGCAAAAGAGUUUACCCCCGCACCAUCGUGGAAGAGGCCCCAAGCCAUGACGGCAAGCCCUGCUACGCGGCGUGGGAAAUGAUAGAAACGGACCCCGAUACCCAGACGCCGCCAGACGCUUCCAAUCGACCUAAGUGGUCCAUCCAGAUCUACGAGACCACGCCCGCGGCCGGCGACCGCGAGUACAUCAAAGGAAUAGCAAAGGAAAUUGAGCAAAAGACGCGCCGGGACCGCGACAGACGCGGAGCGCCGAAUCGCAUCGAUAUCCACGGCUUCCCGCUUCCCGCCGACUUGCCUGAAGCAGAUCGCGUGGCACGAUGCGCUGUGCACCAUCGCGCCGAGGUCGCUAAGCGAAACGCCUCCUGCACGGCCGACUUCUUCAUUCCUCCAAAUUUCAGCGAGUUGUGGGAAUACCAAAUCAUCAUCAUCGACAACCCUGGCGCAGCAGAGCCGGGGGGUGGCGCUUUUCUUACCGUGUCUUUCGGUAUGAGGCCUGAGGUCGCGGCCGAGGGGCUUGGGGCUCUCGAUUAUGAUAUUGCGCGAUACACGGGCAAGUGUUUGGGUGAUAGGCUGUGGAGUUACAUGAGCUUCGUCGAGUAUUUCUACGAUUCAUACGUUGAGAACGGGAGGAUCUACAGCGACUUGGAGAAAUGGCGACGAGAGGCCGAGGCUGGAGGGACCAUCCAGCAAGUCGAGCAACAUGAGGGUGCAUAG